UUACGUAAAUAGCCAAAGGAAACGAACCACUGACUCUUAAGGCUGAGGACAAGGCCUAUCCUUACAUAGACUCGUGUUUGUAGCCUGGCUGUGGUUGUCUAGGCGUCUAACCAAGGUUCAGACCGGGGCCAGUCAUUGAUAGUAUCGAAUGACAUGUAUCAAUAUGGUCAGCGAGCCUAUAUAGAAAUACUGACCAGAGAGGAUGACAAUGAACAACGAAUCGCCAUUUUCUCACCUGAAGAUCGACAACUUUCACAGACUGGAUGAAGUGGAAGGACGAACAACAUGUGCAAAAUGUAACAAAUCUCGGAAAUACUUCUGCUACACUUGUUACAGUCCAAUCUUGGGCCUAGAAGAACUGACUCCCAGAGUUCGGCUGCCAUUAAAGGUUGAUGUGAUUAAACAUCCCUAUGAACGAGAUGGCAAGAGCACAGCUUGUCAUGCAGCAGUUAUUUCCCCUGACGUCAGCAUCCACAUCUUCCCAGUAAUACCAGACUAUGACAAGAACAGAACAUUACUUGUGUUUCCUGGUGGGGAUGCUGUUCAACUGAAAGACUUGGCAGCCUCAACUCAACGGUCCUCGCUGACGGACCCUGACGCAAGUAAAGCAGCACUUUCAGCUUCAGACAAAUGUGAAAUCGAAGAAAACACCGAAUGUGACAACACACAUCAUCCAGAUUCCAAGAAUAUUAAAGACAGAUUAUGCUCAAGUGAUAACAUUCCUCCCUGUCAGGCAAAUGGCAGUACCACGAUAGUUCCCCACAACAGUCCGCCGAACAACCAGUUGUCAUCAGAAGAUGCGGGUGGACCUAAUAGUGAUAGUCUGGAGGAGGAGGCCAAGGUAGCUUCAGCUCCACCAUUCGAUCGUGUCGUCUUCAUCGACUCAACAUGGAACCAAACUUACAGAAUCUCACAGGAUGAGAGGCUAAAUGGUUUGCGUAAGGUGGAGCUGCAGAGUCGGACCACCAACUUCUGGAGAAGUCACCGAGGCAACCCUGAGACCUACCUCUCCACAAUAGAAGCCAUCUAUUACUUUGUGUGUGACUACCAUGAACUAUUCCUCUCAACAGCCUAUGAAGGACAGUAUGACAAUCUCCUCUUUUUCUUUGCGUGCCUUCAUGAAAAAGUAAAUAGUGCAAAAAAUAAGAAGAAAAAUAAAAUCAACAAUGUUGAAUGAAGUUUGC